AUGAUUGCAGGGUCAGCUUUUGCGCUGUUGCUCAAUGCAUCGCGUCUUCCGCAGCACAUAUCGCACCCGUCAAUAAUCUCCUAUGUACACUCCUUCAGCACGCCGUCCUACCAUUGUCUCGUGCUAGCGUACGUGAGCGGUGGUGAGCUUUUCGACGUUAUCGAUAACGCAGAAAGCCAUUCGCAUCUCGACGAGCCGUUGCUGCGUCGCAUAUUCGGUGAGCUUUGCAAAGCCGUCGGCUGGAUGCACGGCGUGGGGCUGGUUCAUCGUGACAUCAAGCUCGAGAACAUCCUUCUCACCACGUCUAUUUUCUCAAAUUCAUUGCCAUCGCCGCCCGCAUCUCUCAUCAAACUUUCUGACUUUGGGCUCUCACGUUUCAUCGACCCGGCGAAUCCACAACUGACAACGCUCUGCGGCUCCGAGUCGUAUGCUGCCCCAGAACUUGUCACUGGGCGUCCAUACGAUGGACGUGAGACGGAUGCGUGGGCAUGCGGCGUUGUCUUGUAUGCGCUUGCCACCCGCAGGCUCCCCUUCGAUCGCCAGCGGACCCAACGCAGAGCUCUCCUGAUGCGCAUAGCCAAAGCCGAGUUCUCAUGGCCGGAAGAUGCGCUUACUGCAGAUGGAUCUACUUCGCUGGCCGGUGAUAAUGAAGCUCAGCCACUGAAGGGGACGGGCCUUGUACGGAGUAUCGGUGUGCGCCGUAUCGUGGAGCGCCUGCUCGUUCGGGACCCGCGUAAACGCUCGAAGAUCAUUGAUCUGUGGGAGGACGAGUGGAUGCGUGGCGAGGGCGCGCCGCUUGCGCCUUCACAGUUUCCUGCUGACGGAGACGCCGCUCCCGCAAAUAUCGACUACAAGAGCGAAAGCGGCGACGCUACAAGCCAGCCGGACGCUAAUGCCCGUUCUGACAUCGAUGCGGAUGCCGAUAUGGACGCCGACGCAGAUGAUGAUGACGGGCUCAUCGUGGAUGGCGAUGAUAUUGGCCCUGGCAGCGUUGCGCGCCAGGAGCAUUGA